AUGUCUAAUUCAGGCAAGGAGAAGUCUCCUGAGCUUGACGAUGGGGGCUCUGGGUUUCCUCCGCGGGAUGACGAUGAUGGCGGUGGCGGCGGCGGGGGCGGUGGGCCUGGAUGGUCUGGUGGUUUUUUCUUCUUCGGCUUCCUCGCUUUCCUUGGCUUCUUGCAGGAUAAAGAGAGGGAAGGAGACUACAGGGAUAGAAAGAAAAGAUACAGUUAUUAA